GAGGGCAGCCGACUUCCGGCCGUUGGACUCUGAGGAACGGAGCGUCAGGAAUGGCUACCAAGAGGCUGGCCCGGCGGCUUGGAUUAAUUAGGAGAAAGUCAGUUGCACCAGCAAGUGGGAAUCCAGGAGGAAGCCGGUUCAGACAGGUGUAUGACUACUUAAUUGUCAUUGAUUUUGAGUCUACAUGCUGGAAAGAUGGGAAACACCACAAUAGCCCUGAAAUAAUUGAAUUUCCAGCAGUUUUGUUGAGUACAGCAACUGGAGAGAUUGAAUCUGAGUUUCAUGCUUAUGUUCAGCCUCAAGAACAUCCAGUUCUUUCUGAAUUUUGCACAGAACUGACGGGAAUAAAGCAGGUUCAAGUUGAUGAAGGAGUUCCUCUGAAGAUUUGCUUAUCUCAGUUCUGUAAAUGGAUUCAUAAGAUUCAGCAGCAGAAGAAAAUCAUUUUGGCUACUGGGGAUUUAGAGCCUUCUACUGAAGUAAAAUUGUGUGCUUUUGUUACUUGGUCAGACUGGGACUUGGGUGUUUGCUUAGAGUAUGAGUGUAGAAGAAAGCAGCUGUUAAAACCUGUGUUCCUAAAUUCUUGGAUUGAUCUCAGAGCAACUUACAAGCUUUUUUAUAAGAGAAAACCCAAAGGACUAAGUGGUGCAUUGCAGGAAGUGGGAAUAGAAUUUUCAGGACGAGAACAUUCUGGCUUAGAUGAUUCCAGGAACACUGCUCUUCUUGCUUGGAAAAUGAUCAGAGAUGGUUGCCUAAUGAAAAUUACUAGGUCCUUGAACAAGGUUCUUACUAAGAAGAAUCCCAAGAUUUUGGUCAAAAAUUUGAGUACGGAUCAAGUUAAAGAAACAUCUGCCUGCAACAUUAGCAUCCAGGGUCCCAGCAUAUAUCAGAAGGAGCCUAAAAGUACAGUAAAUACUGAAGAAAAUGCUCAAAUGAAUUUAAUUUCUGUGAAUUCCUCUAUAAAGGGCCAAUUACAACUAAAGACCAAUACUAAAGCAGAUCGUCACAACAUUAAACAUUGUUUUCCUCUUUUCACUGCUAAGCCCUCAACCUCCAUGGAACAAUUAUCUUCUCCCACCGUAAAUCCACCUCUCUCUAUGCAGAAACAAAGAAAAAGUGAGCAGUUUGCACUGAAUGACAAAUCAAAGUCCUCAGCACUUAACUCCAACUUGGUACUUGUAUCUACAACCAUCCCAUCUGUUAAUGUUGUUCCUGAUGGAGGAGUGGGUUGUAGUUUUGACUGUUUGCCUAUGUUGGCUGAGUGGGAAGAUGUAGUUUUACUGCCAGCAUCUCAGGCUGAAAAAGAUAAAGAUUCUGUGCCUUCUAUUAGUGAUACAAAUGUAGACACUUCAUUUAAUUCUGGGGAGAGAGUGAUGGCUUCAAAAGAACCAGAAAUCAUUAGUUAUGAAAACUUUGAAGACCUCAAGGAAACUCCCCAAAACUUUGAGACAUCCAAGUCUAUUGUGUAUAAGAGUCCUCACAGUACUAUCUAUAAUGUAAAAGGAGCCAAACAUCCAGGCUCAGAUGCUUCUGCUUUUAAAUUACCUGAAUGCAAACCAUUUACCUCCAACAGUCUUAAUGCCAAUGCCUCGCCGAAUCCUUCAGUUCUGAGGAAACAACCUCUUCUUUUAGGUGGUACCAAAAGGUAUUCAUGUAGUCCCCCAGCUUUCCCACCAGCAAAAAAGCAGACCUUCACUGUUCAUGAAGAAAAAUCUACUUCAUCUACUUGCUCCCCAGGAACUUCUUCCCUGAAAGUUCUUCCCUCCAUUUUAACAUCCACCGUUAAUCUACAAGCGCCUUGGGAGAGUGGGAAGAUGACACCUCCCUUGUGCAAGUGUGGCAGAAGAUCUAAGCGACUUACUGUUUCUAAUAAUGGGCCAAACCAUGGGAAAGCCUUCUACUGUUGCCCUGUUGGGAAACACCAAGAAGACAGAAAAUGCUGUGGUUAUUUUAAAUGGGAACAAACACUUCAAAAGGAAAGAGCCAAUAGCAAAGCUCUAUCUCGUUCCUCAGAAGGACUCACUUUCAGCUCUCCAGAAACAAGCCAUAUUCAUGACAGAAAAUCAAGUUUUCCUAUUAAAAAUUCUUUACGACUCAGGCCUUCAAUGAGAAAUUGAUAUGCUCUCUUCUAAAUUGUCUUUUACUUCAAUGUAAGCUUGAUGUGACUUUUACACAGGAACUAUGAGAUUAUCAGGUUCAAGCUCUUAGGUGUCAACAUUCCUGGGACUAUAGCUACACUGGAGCAGUUGACACAAACAGAAGGGAAAUAGAUUGCAUGAUUUUUACUCUUGCCCAGUAGUUGCCUAUCAACUGUUCAUUGUCUGUUCCUGUAGGAAUCCUCGAUCCUUAAAUUCCCUAGCAUGCAUAUUUGGAUAAUGUCAUACAAGUAUAUUUCAUAUAUUAGCAUCUGCUGAAUUUAUCAAACUAUCAUGAACCACAAGGAAAAAAUACUUUUAUAAACCAUAUUUAUUAGGUUAAAUUUACUAAAUAACCACAUCAUAUGAUAUCUGUCUCUUAUAGAUAGACCUUGAAGCAAAUUUCAAACUAUUCUUAAAUUACUUGAAUAAAAAUAUGACUAAUAAAAUUUUUACUCAACUUUUAGGUAAAUAUUCCAAAAAUUAGGACAAUUUUCUAAAAACAAGUUACUUAGUUUUUCAAAGCUUCAGGAUUUGUUCUGAUUUGUAUACUAACAUUAGAACUAUUCAGUUAGGUUUUGAAAACCAGUAGGGUAGAAAUUUGGUUUAAAAACUGCUUCUAAAAUAGAUUUUAAAACAUCUCAACAACUGAUGACAUUUGUUUUAUGUUGCCAAAUUACAGGAACAUUGACAUGAAAGCAGAAUUCACUAUUUGACUUCAGAAUUCAGCCUCUGAUGUCAUUACUACAAAAUACUUUAAAUCCAAUUCAGAAGCAGUCUGCCCAUAUAAUCUGUGGUUUCUGCAGACUUGUACACACUGCCUUGUUUAGAUAUUUGGGUGGUUAAUGGAUAAGUUAAAUAGUUUGCCAUUCUUUUUUCCUCAGUUCUCCUCUUUUGACCUUUCCACUGACAGUCUUUGGCAGCUCUUCGAUAAAUUCAACCUGUUGGCAUAAGGGGAGCAGGGAGUUAGUUCAGCACUUGAAUUCAUGCCACGUAUGUAAUGGCUCUUUUAACUUUUAGGUGAAAGGAUGGUUGAAGUUUUUUCUUUACAUUUAAUAUUAUGAACUAAUUGACUGAAUUAUGUUAGAGGUUUCAGUUUAACCUCAAAAAAUUUGACUAUUAUCAUCAGUUUGUUUGCAACCUUUUGUGUAGCAUAUUUAAGGAGAAAGGUCAUUUAACAGGAAAAAAAACCAAAUAGCCAAAAAUUUUCCAAAGCACUGAACAAAUGCCUGUAACAAGUAUGCCUACCUUUCUGGGAUAUUUGUAAGGUGCUGUAGUCCUUUUCACAUGCUCCUGAAUCUCCUUUUUCAGUUGUUCUUGGUCAUGUGACUUGUACUCAGCAUUCAGAACAAUAAAAGCCUUUACUACCUAAGUAAAUAUGUAAAACAUCAAAUGA